AUGGCGAUUACACAGUGGUGCAUCUCAGCAGCGAGGAGAAUGACGGUGAUGAUGAUGUCACAACGUAUGGGAUAUUCAUCUUCAGCGGCGAUUGGAGGUCCGAUGGUUUGCGGGCGAGGGGACAAGAGAACGAAGAAAGGGAAGAGAUUCAAAGGUUCGUAUGGCAAUUCAAGGCCCCAAAAGGAUAAGAAAAUCGAACGCAUCAAAGAUAAAGUUGAGGUUCCCAGGUCUACCCCUUGGCCUCUUCCUUUCAAACUCAUCUAGUCUUGCUUAAUUAUGUUCUUCUUAUGAAUGAAUGUGUUCACUUCUCAAGACGUGUAGACCAAUUGUGUUUUGAUUGCUUUGUUCAGCUACUAGCUCUAUUGCUAUUUCCAUACAAAGUUAUUAUCAUAUCGCACUUUAGAAUAAGAGCUGAAUUUACAUUUCUGUGAUUAAAAUAGGUGCUUUAUCAAAACUCACUUUUGGUUA